CAUAUGCUGAGGGUGCAACCAUGGCGUGCACUUGUUUUCGGCGACAAUGCUUGGUUGUCCUUGGCUUACAGAUACUCCUCCUCUACACGCUUGUUGCAAGGUAAGCCCGUGGAAAAGUCCUGGCAAAUCAGUUCACAUGGAAGGUGCCGCAAUACAUUUGGAAUCGUCUCAGCUGGGAAUUUGAGCCCUUCCGGGUACAAGAGAGUCUUCAUUUCUGGCCACCACUUCUAUGUUCACCGCCUCGUAGCGUUUGCUUUCUUGGGGCGUGCUCCUGAUCCACUGGCGUGGCAAGUCCACCACAGGGAUGGCAACCCAUGUAAUAACCUAGUAGAGAACUUGGAGUACGUAACUCCCAGGCAGAACAUCCUCCAGUCAUAUGAAAAGCCUUCAAGGGGCAAUAGUGGCCCCAGCUUGUCACAGCCAGUGAUGUGGCGCCCCGUGGGGUCUCUGGAGUGGAGAACCUGCUCCUCUAUCACCGCUGCAGCUUUGGAGACGGGACUUUCUCGGACGUCGGUGCGGAGGAGCUGUCUCGGAAGAAUAUCGAUCAAAGGCCUGGAGUUUUGCCAGGUGAAUCUUGGCCAAGAUGAGCAUCUCCCUGGCGAAGUCUGGAGGCCAAUGCAUGACCCCAAGUCGGGACAUGAAAUCCCUAGAAGGAUGGUCAGUUCCCUGGGUAGGCUGCAUUUUCCGAGCGGCAGGAGAUCGGUGGGAUACAAGAGCAAGGCGGGUUAUCUUACUACAUGGUGUGGUGGGCGAAUUGAAUCUGUUCACCGUCUUGUCGCCUUCGCAUUUCUUGGGCCACCUCCCACUUUGCAGCGCAACCACAUCAAUCAUAAAGAUCAUGACAAAGGGAACAACGCCGUGGAAAACUUAGAGUACACAACUCCCUCUGAAAAUGCGCUGCAUGGGUUGACAAAGGCAGCCAGUAGACAGGCCGGUUCGAAUGUAAAACCCGUGGCGAGCAGGCUGAACGGUAGCCAAGAUGAGUGGACACAGCACCGUUCCAUUUCAAGUGCUGCACGAGCUUGUGGGUUGAAGCCAGGCAGCGUAACCAGAUGGGCCCACCGCGGCGGAAGCCACAAGGGCAAGUUCGAGUUCCGCUUUGCGGAGGACCCGUCAGCACCAACUCGUCCAGGAGAGGAAUGGCGGAACGUGGAUAUCGCAGCCCACCUUGAUGAAAGGCUACACCGCAAGCUUUCGACAUGCUCAGUGUCUAUAAAGACAGCUGCUGGACUCCUGGACUAAAUCAGCAGGAUGCUUACGUUUGUUGGUCUGCAGGGCCGGUACCAUGGCCGUAGGUUUUCUGCCACCUGCCCCAUUUUGUUUUUUAAAGGGACAUUUUGAAUGAGGUGUUCCAACCCUGAUUAUUAAUUCGUGCAGUCCGUUCACAGGUUAAUUGAUUUCCGUGGCAUGGCCCACGUGCUCCCAACCACCUUGUUUGUGAGGGUGCCCAAAGGCCCGCCCCCUACGGACAGAAGGUGGCUUGCAUCUAGAGAAAUGGAUUGUGACACUUGGUCCUAGAUUUUGCCGGGCGGUGGUGAAUGCAUUAUGCCAUCUUAACCUCACCAGAUAGUCACAAGACAUUGGGAGAUAUCAGAAGAUUCUGGAGUAAGGAAA